UUAAGCAAAGAUUUUAAAUAUUUAGUCUAUAACCGCUUCUGGAUACGGUCGGCACAGCUAAGCGGAAUAAAUUAUCCACAGAGGAAGUUCGCAAGUGAUUAAAAAGAUAUCUUAAUAGAAGCAAUGCCUAAAGUAGAUGAUGCAACAAAAAAGCUGCACGACGAGAUCAAUGAUUUAAUACAAAAAUUUAAGGAUGAUCAAAAAGCCAAAGCUGAUUGUACGCUGCAGGAGAAGUGUGGUGAUAUGGGCGAUAUACCGAAAAUACGCUUGGGACCAAAGAAAAUCCUCAAGGGUCAUAUAAAUAAAGUGAAUUCGGUGCAUUUUGCAGGUGAUUCGAGACAUUGCGUGACGGGUUCUUUAGAUGGCAAACUGAUAAUUUGGGACACAUGGACAGCCAACAAAGUGCAGAUCAUACCAUUACGCUCGGCAUGGGUUAUGACAGUGGCUUUUUCACCUUCCGGCAAUUUCGUGGCUUGCGGCGGAAUGGACAAUCAGUGCACUGUAUAUGACGUCAAUAAUCGCGACGCUUCCGGUGUAGCCAAAAUGACUAGAGAACUAUUGGGAUAUGAAGGAUUUUUAAGUUCGUGCCGUUUUCUAGACGAUAGCCAUUUAAUAACCGGAUCAGGUGAUAUGAAGAUCUGUCAUUGGGACUUGGAGAAAGGCGUAAAGACAAUGGACUUUAAUGGGCACGCUGGUGAUAUAGCCGGUCUAUCGUUGUCAGCGGAUAUGAACACUUACGUUACAGGCUCGGUAGACAAAACAGCUAAGCUAUGGGAUGUACGUGAGGAGACCCAUAAGCAAAUGUUUUUCGGCCACGAAAUGGACGUUAAUUCAGUUUGUUAUCAUCCUAGCGGUUUUGGUUUCGCUUCAGCUUCUGAAGAUCAGACUGCUCGGUUAUAUGAUUUUAGAUCGGAUCAGCAGAUUGCUCUAUAUGAACCGCCGCAAAAGAAUACAGGUUUUACCUCAUGUGCAUUAUCGACAAGCGGUCGUUAUUUACUUUGUUCUGGCAUAGAAGGUAAUAUACAUGCCUUCGACACGAUGAAGGUCGUCCAUAACGGCAUUAUGCAAGGCCAUGAAAAUCGUAUUACUUGCAUCAGCCUAUCACCUAACGGAAUGUGCUUGGCCUCUACAAGUUGGGAUCAACAUGUGCGCCUUUGGCUUUAAAUUUGUGUACGAAAUUCAACAAAAACAAAGAAUAAUAAAUAAUUAGAAUUGAAUUUUAAUAAUUUAAGUGAGCCUUAAAAAACAUACUGGCAAGAAACAAUAAAAAUAAUAACAUCCAAAUAAUAUC